AUGGCUUUCAUACGCCGCUCGGCUUUACGAGCUACAGUUACAGCUCAGUCUUUCUAUGCUGCCCCGGCAGCCCGGCGCACGACCCAAUUGCUGGGCCGUCGGUUCUAUGCCAGUGGGAAGGGUUACGAUGAGCACAAGACUAGCGAUCUCCCAUGGUUCCUUGGAUCAGUUGGGCUGACUGGCCCUAUGGUUUUCUACCUGCUUAAAUCAGGUCCCGAGAGGAAGCCUCACGGUGACGGGCACGGGGAUGAGCAUGGCGCUGAUCACGCGGAGAAAACUGAGGAGGAUCAAGCGUCAGAAGAGGCAGAAGAGGCCAAAAAGUCUGCCGAUGCGGCUGCCGAUGAAAAGAAGCCGUCCGACAAGCCAUAUAAAUCAGGGGAGCUCCAGGAGGAGAGUAAAUACGACAAGAAUAGAAAAGAGAAGAAGAAUGAAAAGCCUACUGAGAAGGAUUCUGAAGCCGAAGAGCCAAAGAAAGAGAAGUCCGAAGAGUCGGCUGGCGACGAGUCCUCUGGCGAUAAGCCCUCCAAGAACUCUGAAGGCAAAUCAUCCGAGCAAAAGGACAGCACCAAUGCCGAUUCCAAGGAAUCCGACAACAGCGGAAAUGCCGAGAGUGAGAGCGACGAUGCUAAUGGAAAUGAAUCUACCACUUCAUAG